AUGGAACCAAGAUCGAGAGAAACUACUCCUACAAAAGAGGAUUUGGAUUUUAUAGUUGAUGAUGGUUAUAGACAUGAUGAGGAUCCAGAUUAUGUUCCAAACGAAAAAUAUGUUGUUACUGGAUCUGAGUUUAAAAAAUUAACCAGAAAUGCUAAAAAGCUUGGUGCUGAAUCACUUGAUUAUUCAACCCGAAAAAAUAACAAAUACAUGGCCACACUUCCAGGUGGGAAAAAAGUUCAUUUUGGAUCACCAAAAUAUCCAGACUACACUAUUCACAAAGAGAAAGAGCGAAGAGAUAAAUAUCUUUCUAGAGCUACAAAGAUAAAAAAUAAACAGGGAGAAUUAACUUAUACUAAUCCAGAAUCGAGUAACUAUUGGUCUGUUCAUUUACUUUGGCCUAAAAAAUGAUUUAAAAAAAUAAAAAAAAUAAUAAAAUGAGUUCAAAUGGUAUUGUUGGUUUAAAUAGUCUUCCUAAUGAUAUUGAUUUAAAUAAUAAUCAUCUUAAUAAUAAUUAUUUUGAUAAUAAUUUUAAAAAAGAACUUAUAAAAGUUUUAGAAGAAGGAUUAAAAGAAAUUUCAGAAAGACUAUAUGCUAUAGAAGUUGAAAUUGCAAAUAAAUAGCUUAAAGAUUAAAUUAUUAUAAUAAAAAAUGCAGUUGUCUAGUUACGAAAAUAUUACCCAAGAGAAUAUUAUCUUUAAUGAAGCUAAAGAGUACAAAGUCAAAGAUAGCAAGAUUAAAUACAAACGUAUUCCAAUUGAAAUUAAAUAUACAAAUGGAAAGAAAGGAGCUUUAGUAUUAGAAUCUCCAGUUCUUUUCAGUUUUGGUGUUAAUGAAAAGAAAAAUCAAGAAACAAACAAGUUAGUAGGUUAUAGUAUUCCAGUAUGUCUUUGGGCUAAAGAUAGUGUGCCAAGUAAUAAAGAAAAAGCAUUUUUUGAUGUUAUUAAUAAUGUAGUAACUCUAUCUAAACAACAUUUAGAGAAAGAAUAUGGACCCGAUCUAGCAUCAACUCUAUCUUCGCCAUUUUACUUCAAACAGAUAGAAUAUACAGAUAAGAAAGGAAAAAAGAGAACAAAAGUUGAUGAAUCAUCCUCACCAGUUCUUUACGCAAAACUUAUUUAUUCAGAAAAAUCAAGAAAAAUUUUAUCUUUGUUUAAGGGAAAGGGAGGUCGCGAUUUAAAUCCUUUUAAAUAUAUUGAUCAGUAUUGUAAUGUUAAAUUGGCUUUGAUAAUUGAAGGAAUUUUUAUAAGUAAGACUGUAACAUCAUUACAAAUAAAAGUACAUGAGUGCUAUGUUAAACAAUUAGAACCUAGAAAGAGUUUACUUACAAUUGACGAAAAAAGUAGUGAUAGUGAUAGUGAUAGUGAUAGUAAAGGUGAAGAGAUAACUGAUCAAGUAGUUGAAGACUUACUUUUAUCUGAUAAAGAAGAAAAAGAGUAA